AUCUUAUCUGCUAGUUACUACAGAGUACCUAGAACCUGCUACCUAGUGCCGAUUAUACCCCACCUCUGAAUCGCCUUUACUAAAAAUUUUCUUUGAUACAGGCUGUUCAUGAUGCCGGACUUGCGUCGACAAGUCCUCGAGAGCGGCAAAACCGUUUCUCGCAAAGCGGCCUCCCGCGAAGCCUCCCGUGCGACCUCUCGUGCGAGCUCCGUUCAGAACUCAAGACAAUCCUCUCGCAACGCCAGCAGACAUGCAUCGGAUGAUGAGGACGCCGCCGACUUGAGUGAUGAUACUGCCUGGAGUAUUGCCUCGCUUGAUGAUCAAGAUCUUGCCGAUAACCCUGAGCAAGAUAAUAGCGACUGGCCCGAAGAGCUGGGUGACCGAAUUCAAGAGAUUCUGGAUCGCAAGCGAAGCAGCAUCCAGGGCCGAGAAGAAGCCUUUGCGGCCUUCGUCCGGCUGGCCAAGUUCCACUAUGUGGAGGAGGAGAUCCGAACGUACGUUGGAGAGCUGGUUGGAGCUUUCUGUAAAAGCAUCAAGUUUGAGUCGAGUGUGCGCGAAACCACCCUGGCGUUGCGGGCACUGGAACUCCUUACAAUCACCGCGGCUGACAGCACUAUCUACGAGAAUGUCGAGCCGGUGGUAACGCGAGCGAUUCGCGAUUCGACAUCUACCGUUGUGAAGACUGCAGCCAUCCAUUGCCUGAGCGUGUGCACGCUCCUCGGUGGCGCUGGCGAAGACAGCAUCGCCGAGCAGAUGACCUUCUUCCUGGACAUUAUCGCAUCGGACGGCCAAUCCAUCGACGCGCCCGAUAAUGCAGAAUGUGUGACCGCUGCCCUCCAGGAAUGGGGACUCAUGGCGACCGAGAUUGAGGACAUGGAGGAGGAAAGCGAAGAAGCGAUCCAGAUCUUCAUUGACCAGCUUGACAGUAACGACUCUGCUGUGCAGAUUGCGGCGGGUGAGAAUAUCGCUUUACUGUACGAAAAGAGCUAUACGCCGCGGGAAGACGACGAUGACGACGAGGACGAAGAAGAAGAUGGAGAUGGAGAUGGAGCGGACAGUGAAGAAGAGGAGCCGUCGUUCGUUUCGAUGAGCGGUGGCGGCAGUGUCCAACGCUCCAACAAGCUUAUCAAGCGAUACAAUCCGUAUCACAACACGCCGGAACUGCAACGGCAGCUGCAGACGCUGUCCACGAUCCACAACAAACGCAUCAGCAAGCGGGACAAGAAAACCUUGCACACAAAUUUCACGUCCAUCCUCACGACGGUGGAGAACCCGCGGCGCGGCCCGAUGUAUAACACGGCGCUCAACCACGACACGCACCGGCACUACGGCAGCAAGCUCAAGGUGAAGAUCGGGCGGGACGGGGUGAUGAACAUCGACCGGUGGUGGAAAUGGAUCCAUCUCAACUCGCUCCGUCGCAUCCUGCAGGGCGGGUUUGCCGAGCAUUACUACCAGGGUAACCGGGCCGUUCUCGACAGUCUCCCCGUCAUGGUCCGCAUGACGCCCCAAUCCCACCGCUCGGCUGCUCGCAAGUCGACCAAGUCGAAACUCAAUGCGCGCCGGUGGGCAGUGCACGACCAUUCUGAUGAUGAAAUUUGAACAUGAACACACUUGAAACUCGGUAGUUUUGGAAGGCAUUACAGAAAUUAUAUUAUGUUAUGGACAAUACAAAUGGACACUACGAAUCAUGAGACGGUAUAAUAAAUAUAUUUGGUUUGAAUUAUAUGACGAUCGAUCACUAUUCCUAUCUUGGGUUGGGUUGGGGGAGGGGAAAGAAUUAAAUUAACAGACGGGCAG